AUGAAAUCAUUCAGUGUAAAUCGUCAAUUAAUAACAUCAACGAUAAAACCAAACAAGGAAGGUGAAGAAACAGCAGCUGCAGAAGGUAUCAUUGAUUUGGUCGAAGAUGCUGAUGAAUCAGCAGCAAAUAUUUAUGAAAAUCUCAAGGCUGCGAUUAAAAAAGCUGGUUUACAUUUAGAAGAAACAAUUGAACAUUUCGGUAAUGGAAUUGAAGAUCUUACUUGGAAGCAGAUUCAAAAAUGUAUUGAAGUUACAAAAAUCCAAGGUUUGAACGAAGAUAAUCUAUUCAAUGAGUUUACUGAAUUAAACUUGACUUUCGAAGCUACCAAAAAGAAAGAAGCACCAUUAGUUGAUCAGAUUCAAUUUUUUCUUUCGAAUGCUGCAGAAAAAGAAAUUCACAAUUCAUCAACGACGACGAUGAGACAAACUGAGGUCGACGAAGAGGUUUAG